CGGAGACGCACCGGGGGAGCUGGACAGAUUCAGAUACAUGAUGAGCACGCACGCGCAGUCCGUCCUCUGCACUCUCUGUGCGCUCCUGCUGCUGGCGCUGUCCUCUGCAUGCUACAUCCAGAACUGCCCCAGAGGGGGCAAACGCUCUGCCCCGGACACCGAUCUCCUCAGGCCGUGUCUGGUGUGUGGCCCCGGAGGUAAGGGCCACUGCUUUGGCCCCAGCAUCUGCUGUGCAGAGGGUCUCGGCUGCUUCAUGGGGUCCGCAGAGACCGCCCACUGUUCAGAAGAAGAUUACAUCCCGUCUCCGUGCAGAGCUGGCGGGAAGCCAUGCGGGGCCAAAGAGGGCCACUGUGCGGCCCCUGGAGUGUGCUGCCACUCGGAGGGCUGCACGUUGGAUCCUGACUGCACAGAGAACAGCGGUGGAGAGCCGGCUGAACAGAGCAGCAGUUUAACUGAACCAUCGUCACGAGGCGAGCUUCUUCUGCGCAUGAUCCAAUCCAACAGAGCAAGGACUUCAUACUGACCUCCUGUACCAAGGAGACCCCUCACAGUGCCUGGAUAUAGCUUAUACACACACACAAACACACACACACACACAUAUACUGUAAAUACACACAUACAGACACACACAGUACAUAAUAAGAAUGUAUACACAAUGCAUCAGUAUAGUAAAAGGUCACAGACAAUGGUAUUAUUGAAAUAUACAGUCAUAAUUUGAUCUAGUGUGAUCUGUUUACACUGGUUGGAAUGCGUCUAAAGAAAUAUGCACUGUAUAAUUUGUGUGAAAUGAGUGUAAAUAUAAAAUAUAGCAAAUAAAAAUGAUCGAAGACUG